GCGGAAGUAGCUCCAUUCUGUUGUCUACCCGUCACCCUGAGACGGAAAGUGGAAGACGACACGUGCAACGCGAGUUUAACGAUAAUUUCAUAAACCACGGUGAUCGUUGUUAUUGAUCGGUCAUUUGUCUAUUUCGCCGAUCAUGGCAGACAGUGGAGACGACGACUCCCCGUAUAAGAUCAACGAGGGGGACUACGUUAUGCUGAAGCGGGGCGAGAUCUACAAAGCUGUACAAAUACAGUCGACAAAGAAGGUGGUGUUUGAGAAGCAGUGGUUCUUCCUGAAUAACGCCGUGGGGCACCUAUACAGCACCACUUUUGAAAUUGUAUCUGGAGGACAGCUGCAGCCUGUGAAACCAAAAGAUGAGACAAGUGCAGCAUCUGACACGAAGGAGGCGGGUACGGACAAUCGGAACAUCGUGGAUGACGGCAAGUCGCAGAAGCUGACCCGAGAUGACAUUGAGACACUCAAAGAGCAAGGCCUUAAGGGUCAGGAAAUCAUCCAGAAGCUCAUAGACAACAGCUCCACCUUCAGGGAUAAGACAGAAUACGCCCAGGACAAAUAUAUUAAGAAGAAAAAAAAGAAGUAUGAGAACACUGUGACCAUUCUUAAACCGACUUGCCGCAUCAUGGCGCUUAUGUACCACGGACGAGAGCCAGGAAAGAUCUGUCACUUGCGAUAUGACACAUUGGCACAGAUGCUGACCUUGGCCAACAUCCACGCCGGCAGCAAGGUGUUGGUGUUUGAAACAUGUGCUGGCCUCGUGCUGGGGGCCGUCAUGGAAAGAAUGGGAGGCUAUGGAUCAGUGAUCCAAAUGUACCCGGGGGGCGGGCCGGUCCGGGCAGGAGUGGAGAAUUUUGGCUUUCCCGCUCACUUCCACGACACGCUGCAUGACUUUCCCAUCUGUCACGUGAAUGCUUUGCUAGCAGGCACGCUGGACACAAGCCCGAAGGACCCCGAUAGUGCUGAAGAGGCACCUCACCCCGACGUGGUUGCUGAGGCGCAGCCCAAGAUGGAGGACACCCCGGGUGACUCCGAGAACGUGGAGACGAACGCCAGCAGGGAACCAGGCACAGACGACGAUCGCCAACGAAGCAAAGAUGAGAAGGCUCAACUCAAGCGGGUGAAGCAAGAGGAGAGGCGCAAGAAGCUCGCGGCGGCAGCGGCCCAGUUAGACGGCAUGAACGCAGACGGAUUGGUCAUCGCCUCUCGCUUCCACCCAUGUCCCGUCCUGAUGUGCCUGCUCAGGUUCUUGUCACCCUCCAGGCCCUUUGUGGUCUACUCGCAGUAUAAGGAGCCGCUAGUCGAGUGCUUCACCAAACUGAAGGAGCAAGGCGGCACGGUCAACCUGCGCCUCACCGACACAUGGCUGCGGCAUUAUCAGGUGUUGCCGAACAGGACGCAUCCCAUGCUGUUGAUGAGCGGCGGUGGCGGUUACCUCCUCUCGGGUAUCACAGUGGAGACAGACCGUUCGCGGCAGGCUAACUCGGAGGAGCCGGCGCCAAAAAAACAAAAAGUGACAGAAGAGCCAGCGGCAAAAAAACAAAAAAUGACGGAAAGCUGAAGGGCUUAAAAGCACCAUCGGCAACAGAACUGGCGGGAAUGUCUGUUUCGGUGCAUCGUAAACUCUUCUAGGCAGUUAAGCAAGGAAAGGCCUCGAAAGAGAUGCGCCCUAGAUUUGUCAUGUAGGCCACAAUUUGUUUUUUGUUGUUGUUUUUUUUACCCUGGAAGUUUUAUUUUUUGUAGCCUCAUGACCGAAUCUUCACAAAAUUAAAACUUUUUCCGAUGCGGAA